GCUGGAUUGGAACGGACCCAAGAAUACAAAGAAGAAGGAUUAAUCUGAGGAAAGCGAUGCCUACUGCACAUUUCAAACCCCCAGAUUACGACAGGGUGUACAACACGCCGGGCUCGCCACCUUUACCUGCGCCGGAUACGGAAGUUGAGCUACCGCAGAGAAGCUUGAAUGAAGAAGAGGUUGGGUUCCUGGACUUGAACCCCGAUUUAGAGGCGAGACGAACAAAUGAUGCCACUGCACUAUCACCUUCGCCGAGUGCUUCGAGACGACUCUCUGUCACGCAGCAGUCCAAAUUCAUCAACUACGUUGAUGAGCAACUCAUGGAGGUGCGUCGCAAGACCAUAAAGCUACUAGGUAUGAACCAGUACUCCACAGGAGAAAUCAUUGCAGACUACCAACAGCUUUGUGAAUUCAUUCUGCUCUCUUUGAAGGGAGAUGACAUUGACAAGAAGAUCCUCUUUGGACAAGUGGACUAUCUCCUGACAAUUGCAGGUGACAUCACCGACGCCCUCGACAAGCUGAACUUCAAGGGAGUCUCCCAGGAUGUGCUCGAUCUGUUGAAACUACUCGAUACGAAAUUUACAAAACUGUUACCUCUUAUGAAGCAAACUGAAGUCGUUAGACUUGUAUCGUUAGCUGAGAGGACAAGACCAUCCAUAGUGACAGCGUUCGAAAGAGCACAGGUCACAGGGUACCAUGACCAACUGGCCUCUGUAUACGAACAAGUUCUUGAGAAUGUAUAAUGACGCUAAUAAACUAAUUGUGUGCUAUGUAUCAACUCA